AUGGCCGCCAUAAGCGGCGGCCGCGGCGCCGCCAGCCGUCUUCCGGGGUCGGAAGCGGCGGCGGAGAGGCGGGUCAUCCGGGCGGCGGAGGGGUGCGCUAACAUGGCGCAGCUACGGCGGCUGCAUGGGGUCCUCGUCCGGCACCAUCACCGGCUCGGCAACCCCUCCCUCGUCCUCGCCAAGCUCCUCCGCUUCGCCGCCGUCUCCCCAGGUGGCGACCUGCGCUACGCAUCUCGCCUCAUCUUCCACGGGCUCCACCACGAAGAAAUCCACGCCCGCGGCAGCGCUUUCUUCUACAACACCCUCAUCCGCGGCCUCGCCGCCUGCGCCGACCCAUCCCCCGCCGUCUCCCUCUACAAGAUCAUGCGCCGCCGGUCUGUCCCUCCCGACCAGUUCUCCUUCACCUUUCUCAUCAAGGCCAAGGCGAGGUGCUCGGCCCGGUCGCCCGCGGGCGGCGGCGACGUCCACGCGCUGGCGCUGAAACACGGUUGCCUUAGUCCAUCCGUGCCGCACGUCCACAACGCACUGAUUCACCUGUACGCCACCAGUGGAAUCCCCACGGACGCACACCAAAUGUUUGACGAAAUGCUGGAACCAGACGUGGUGUCCUGGUCCGGUCUGCUCGCUGCUCAGCUGACCGCCGGCGACCUGGACGGGGCUCGGCGGGUCUUCGACUCCAUGGCCAUGCGGGACGUGGUGUCGUGGACGGCAAUGAUCUCCGGGUACGCCCAAGGCGGGCGGCCGCUGCAAGCGCUGGCCCUGUUCGAGUCCAUGCCGCCGGCUAUGCAGCCCGACGAGGUCACCCUCGUCGGCGUGGUCUCCGCCUGCGCUGCCGCCGGGGACCUUGACACGGGGGCCGCGGUCCAUCGCUACGCCGACGAGAAGCGCCUCGGCUGGAUGGUGUCCCUCCGCAACGCCCUGAUUGAUAUGUACGCCAAGUGCGGCUGCAUGGAGAAGGCUCGCGAGGUGUUUGAGGGGACGACCAGGAGGAACUCCAUCACCUGGAACUCCAUGAUCUCCGCACACGCCGUGCACGGCGACGUCGAAGCCGCGCUGCGGCUCUUCUGGCAGCUGGCAGCAGGGGAGGGCGGCGUGGCGCCCGACGCGGCCACGUUUCUCGCGGCGCUGAGCGCCUGCGCGCACGGUGGGUGGGUGGAGGAGGGGCGGCGCGUGCUGGAGAGCAUGCGGCGGCACGGGGUGGCGCCCGCCGCGGAGCACUACGGCUGCGUGGUGGACAUGCUGGGGCGGGCGGGGCGGCUGGAGGAGGCGCACCGGCUGGUCGCCGGUGUCCUUCCUCUCUCCUGCAACCACGUCCUGUGGGGAGCACUGCUGGGGGCCUGCAGGAUCCACGGGGACGUGGCCAUGGCCGAGCGGGCGGUGGGGGAGCUGCUGCGACUGCGGCCGGCGGAGGGCGGGUACUAUCUGCUCCUCGCCGGCGUGUACGCCGCCGCAGGCCGGCACAGCGACGCCGACGAGAUCCGGCGGAGGAUGAACCAGGACGGCGCUGUCAAGAACCCCGCCCACAGCACCCUUCGCCUGUCAUCGUCAGCUCCGGACGAUCACUAG